CAGGAGUGAAGGAUAUUUAGAGUAGUUUGUUUUGUAGUUUGAAGGGGUCUCUUCCUGCUCUUUAGUAUCCAUGGAAAACCUCACAUACAACAGCUUGACUCUCCAGCUGGAGAGUUUAAGCAUCUUUAGCUAUUCACCGUACCUCGCAUUUUUCUUUCUCUUGUUCUCAUAUGUUUUUAUCAUUGUUGCCAAUGUGGGAAUAGCUUCUCUGAUCAUCGUCAAUAAAAGCCUCCAUCAGCCCAUGUACCUGCUCUUCUGCAACCUGCCAUUUAAUGAUGUUCUCGGUAACUCCAUCAUGCUGCCACGGCUUCUGUCUGAUGUUUUAAGACCCCCUGCGGAUCGUCUCAUCAGCUACUAUGAGUGUGUUGUUCAGGCUUUCACUAUACAUAUUUUCGGCACUGCUUGCCACAUGGUGCUGAUGAUCAUGGCCUUUGACAGGUACGUGGCCAUCUGCAACCCUCUGCGUUACUCUGUAAUAAUGACCAACAGGAUGGUGCUGAAGCUGACUGUCUCUGCCUGGGGGACGGCCUUUGUUCUGGUUGGGAUUCUGCUGGGUCUGACUAUAAGGCUGAACCGAUGCAGGACUUUAAUCACCAGUCCAUACUGUGACAACGCAGCCUUGUUCAGGCUCUCUUGUGAGAGUGUGGUCAUCAAUAACAUCUACGGCCUGACGUUUACGGUGGUCCUGUUCACGGCCUCCAUAGGCAGCAUCGUCCUCACCUACACCAAGAUCACCGCCGUCUGUCUGAUCAGUAAGAGCAAAACUUUCAACAGCAAGGCCCUGAAAACCUGCAGCACCCACUUGGUUGUGUAUCUUGUCAUGUUGUUCAGUGGGGUGUCUAUCAUCACUCUGCAUCGCUUUCCUCAGUACUCAGACUACAGGAAACUCUGUAGCAUCUUCUUCCACAUCGUCCCCAGCAGCUUAAACCCCAUCAUUUACGGUCUUCAGUCCACUGAAAUCAAGAAGCUCUUUUCCAGGUUAAAGAAUAAGCAACUGCUUUCAUAA